AGUUUUCAGAAUUAAGAAUGAUGGCAAAGCCUUGCUUAAAUUCUGCUCAAUUAAAUCAAAACAUUAAUCAUCACAUGUAUCAAAAAGGUUGCUUCUCUGAAAACUGUAAGGAGGGUAAAGUUCGUGAAGAAUCAAUUCCUGAUGAUAACUAUUCACAAUUAAUAAAUCAUGAUGAUGAUUAUAAAGGACGUGAACAGGGUGGAUCUAAUUUGAAUGCAUUUAUGAGUUGUGUGUGUGUUGUAGCAGGAGCAGGAACACUGGGCAUUCCAUAUGCUAUACAACAAGGUGGAUGGAUUACAAUUAUAUUUUUAAUUUUAGCAGCUGUAAUGGCAACUUAUGCAAAUAUAAAAUUGAUUGAAUGUUUAUACUACGAUGGGAAUCGUCGUAGGACUUCAAUGUCCGAAUUAGCAUAUGAUGCAUUUGGCAGGAGUGGUUCGGCGAUAGUUGGGUUUUUAUUUAAUUGCAUAAGUGUUGGCUGUCCGAUACUGUAUUUGAUAUUGAUUGGCGAUAAUUUACAAAUGAUAUUUUCAAAGAUUGAUUUUGGGAUGAAAAACUGGAUUUAUUUAGUGGCAAGUAUUAUGUGUAUUCCAUACAUACUAUUAAAAACUAUGAAAGAUGUUAAAUUGUUGAGCCUUUUUGGAGUGUUAACGGUUGUAUUGAUGGUAUUCGUCGUUAUGAUAAUGUCUAUAAUUGAUUAUCCAAAUAAUAAAGAUAAUCCGCAUGACAUAAUUUUCGUGAGAAAAUUACCAAUUUCGCUUGCAACUGUCAGUUUUAGUUAUGGCGGAAAUAUUGUUUAUCCAUAUGUCGAAGAAAGCAUGAGAAAACCACGAAAUUGGCCAAAAGUAGUUUCAUUUGUAAUGUUUACAAUUACAAUAUUAUAUCUAAUAAUUGGAUUUUUUGGUUAUUUUACUUAUGGAAAUGAUGCAAAAUCACCAAUCUAUUUAAAUUUACCUGAUGGAAUACUGGUUAAGGCUGUGAUAAUAUUAAUUACACUGCAUGUAACAUUUGCAUUACCGAUUUAUCAGACAGUAUUCUCAUUGGAAUUAGAAAAUUAUUAUGGUAUUAACGAGAAUAAAUUGGGCAAACUACGUGAAUUCAUUUAUCGGACAUUGUUACGACUUGUAACUGUUAUUGCGGAAGUCUAUAUUGCUGUGUCAAUACCUUUUUUUGCUGAUAUUAUGUCAUUAUUAGGUGCAUUGGCAAAUGGUUCGUUGGUGGUUGUUAUCCCAUUGUUGUUAUGGUUAAAGCUUGUUGGAUGGAGUAAAUUGGAAAAUAAUAAUUGGGAAAAAGUUUGGAUAAUUUUUACUUUAAUGUUUUCUAUAACAAUUGCUACAAUUGGAAAAAUGAUUAGUUCAUAA